AUGGCUCUUUCGAUAUACAGUCCUAGGUAAUUUUUGGUUAUCACGGAAAACGAAAUCACAUCUUUGUGGCAAAUCUUUGGGCCUUAUUAUCCUCUCCAAAGGCCUUCGAGGACAUUUAUGAUUACUCCUCUCAAUUUCUCUUUCUUCAGUUCAUUAACUCGAGUUUGCUAUUAUUUUCUAAUCAAGCUUGGCUUUGAGAACUUGCCCAUACUUUUCACGAAAAGCCAUAAAAUAGAAUUCUAUGGGUUUCCUUUCACUUUUCUCUAAACUAUAAUCACACUUAAGUGCACAUUUCGUCAUACAAGGCUAAAACUUUUGCUUUUUAAAAUUGACUUUUAAGAAUUGACAGAAAUUCUUUAAGAGUUGGAUUUAGUUUCGAGCUUCGGAAACAGAGAUCAGCCACGUUAUGACGCUGUUACUAACCAAUUAGCGCCGAGACUAAACAAAAACUUAAAAGCUAAAAGCUAAAAGCUUUGUUUAUAGAUAUGAGGGCUAAAAUACACACGUUUGGCUGACGCCAUUCGACAGGUAGUUGUGGAUUGUCUUUACACUCCUCUGAAUACACAUUUUUAAAGGUAAAUCUAUAAACUAGGAUGCAUCAUCUCCUCACCUGUAAUCUCGGAUAUUCUCUAUCUUGUCACGGAAAAAAUCGUUUUAGAUCUGGGUCUUUCACAGUCUGCUUUUGUUCCUAUUUUUGUCCUUUUAUAAAUGAUGCAUUAUGUUUUACAAGGAAUUACUUAAUCCAGCUGCUCGGUAAAUAUCACGCUUGGUUGGUCGCUGUUUGACAGUUAUUACUCAACUCAGACAUCCCACAUGUUAUGAAAUGUGGGUUUUUGUCAAUAAUUUGCUUGACUUGACAGUACGAGACAAAAUAUUUGAUCUAGCCCGUUGACAAAAUGCGAAAGAGCAUAUGUCAGUAAAUCCUCUUUUGCCAUUUGCUUCUAUGGCAAUGUGGGUUAAUAAUUGAUUCCCUGGGCUUCCAUCCAAGAAACUGCGCUUCAUUUGAGCGUUUCUUUAAUCACUAGAAAAUUUAUCCAAAAUCUGGUUAUAAUUUCAUGUCAAUCAAGAUACAGUUUCCUUAUUCUCUGAGCAUCUUUUCUUUUUGUUUCAUGGGCUCACUGAAGGAGCCAAUCACAAAAAGAAUCCGUGGGUUUGAGUUACAUGACGUAAUCUCUUUGACAAGCCCACCUCCCCUGCGCAGGUCAUGUUUGUACGCUGUCCGCCUCCAAUAAAUAUCUGAUAAUACAGGACUCUGCUACUGUCAUUUCAGGGGCAUAACAGGACUUGACCUUUCGUCCAUAACUCUUUUCAAGACUCCAAAAACAUAAAGAGGUAAGAUCAUCAAAAGGGUUCUCUUAUGUUGGGAUUAAGUCGCGAGCUACGCACAAGAGGUAAACGGUAUACUUAACGUUUUUUUUGUUCGUAAAUUUGAAUAAAGGGGGAGUUUUUUUCGCUCAGUUGGGUUUUACAGGUGACCUUCUUUAACCUCACUGGCAAUAACCUUCCCCCUAACAAUGUAGAAGUGUCAGUUUGCAUCGGAAAAAUUUUCGAAACCUGUUAGGAUAUGGAAGCUACUGAUCUUUAAAUGAUCUUGAAAUAGUGUCAAGUUGACCUCUUUCUCCAAAAAAAAUGGAAAGAAAAAAAUAAAACUAAAAUAACAUUUAAAGGCAAGAAGCAUUAGAUACGAUCGUUCUUGCUGAUUACAAACAUUUUUGAAGGAGGUAAGCCUAAUUUUACCUGGAUGAAGAUAAAUUUAAAAUAACAGCAAAUAAAAUUUUAUACGGUAAUUAGUGAUGUGCAAUAGAGGUUUUCAGGGAUCGUUUCACAGUCCGUUUUUACAUUCCUCUUCAGUUCACAACUGGUCAUGUUAAGAUUUACACUUGCCUGCUUAUUCUUCUUUAUUGCUUCGCUGGAAGCAAGAAAAGGUUAGUUAAUCUGUUUAUCUUAGUCUGAUAAAUGUAUACAUUUCUAUUUGUGUUCCCAACUGGAAAGGCUACAAUGGUAUCAUGGUAUACAUUGUCAUUUGAUGUUUUAAAACUGGUAUGUUGGAAUAAUAUAAAUAUGACUUAAGAUUUUCUGUGUUGAUUAUUGGUUUUUUUCGCCGUAAAAUAGUGACGCGUCUUGUCGACAUCAAAGAUAUAAGCAAAAAUAAUCCACUGGUUUAGAUAGAUCGGAAAAUAAAAUUAGCUCGUUUAGUUAGCAUAUAUUUUCUCGUACCUGAACAGGAACAAAAGGUUCCAGUUAUUUGACUAAAUAUUUUCCUUUGAUAAACCCUCAAUGUGCCUUAGAAUUACCUCUACAUGUUAAAUUUCUAUGUAUUCGCCGAAUACUUUUCAGGAGAUCGUGAUAGGUAAAGUUAUUUAGAACCUGAGGUGAUAAAAAAUGAAUACAGCUUCUUUGUAACAAUAAAAUCGAAAUAAACAGGUGUUUUGCUUGUGCUAAAUACUGGUACGACAGCUAAGAAAAAUAAGCGUAGGACUGAACCAACCUCAAAAAAGAUAGCAGAAAGACAUUGCAUGCAUUGAACAAAUGGAAAAUUGCCAUAAACUACCUCCUGAAAUUUCAUUUCAGAAUUUUACAUUACAUACAUACUAACAAUUUCAAAUAUAUUUUGACGAUUUUCUAAAUGUAAGGGUCAAUAAAAACAAAAGAAUAAACAGGGGCGGGAAAAUGAGAUUACUAUCUUCGCUUGUUUAGCAAAAAUUGUCAUCGUGGAUUUAGAAUUUUUUUACUUCUCGGAUUAUAGUUUGCAAAUACAGAGUAUUUUAAAGCAACAUGGACGAGUCGAGAAGGAUUAUUAAGGAUUACUACUUCGUAGUAAGAGGUCUGUCUUUCAAUGAUUUGACCCAAAUGAUUAUUUAACGCCUGCCCUACUAAAUGAAAGUAAACGACGAAAGCCCUGAGGAAACUCACAUAGAUCUACUCAGAGCAUCGAGCAUAGAAAAUUAUUGAAACAGACUCUGAAGGGAAAGAAAAGUCCAAUAUCACUAGAACAUUUUUGAUGUAAGUGCCAACAAAUCUAUUUGUUAAUUACCAGCAAGAUUUCACAAAUGAUAACGAGCUUACAAGCUUUGAACUGUUCGCCACAACACAGCGGUCAAACACUGCGCAUGCACGAGAGUUUGAAGACAAUAAGAGAGAUUCCGAACGCGUGUCCAGUGUAAAGUAAGGAGAAGAAGAUUAAAUCGUAACUAUUCCAUGCAUAAAACAAAUGAGAUAAGGAUUUUUGAGAUUAAAUCUUGGCUUUAUUUUGCUGUGUGAUAUCCCAACUGUUUUUAACGCGGACGCUUUGUUUCGGCGAUAAAGGAAAAUGAUGAAACCUUUCUUCUACUCCUGCUGCACAAUCUACUGUUCGUUAUAAACAUAGACCUGUGAUCGUCACAAAUAUCUUGUGUGGCUCUAGUUCUUCCUUUUUUGACACAUUUCCCUCGGUAUUUACUGGCAACUCCACCAUGAACACAACAAAGAAUAAUUACAGCCAGCACGGCCAAGUUUACGGACGACUUCAUCACGCCGCAAUGCAAAGUGUAGAAAAAGUACGAGUGUAAACUAACACUUGGUGGGUAAAGUCCAGAACACCAAUGUGUAUGCGUCUCGGCCUUAGAAACUUCUAACUUUAGAAACUGCAAAAAACUACGUCUUACUUUGAUUUUCCUUGUUUGCAAGAGCAAAUCAUCCAUCACUGUGCGCAUGUGCAAUUUGACCGCUGUGAUGUUCACCACGCUCUCCAGCGAUCCUAGGUAACCUAGCCUAAACUGUUCCAUUGUUCCAAGCGAGUGAGGUCGCUGUGGUUGAAAACUACCCAGACUUGAUAAAGAGAAAGCAUGCAAGGUUUUCUUGGAAUACAUAUUUGAUCCAGCUGCCUUUUCACCUUCUUCAAAAGACUAUCAAUCCCUAAUAACAUGGAGGUUACUACCUAAACGCAAGAGAAAGAGUUUCUGUUCCAAUGGCGUUGUUUGAAUACAUUGUGAAACAAAAAGACAGUUGCGUUAAAGUCAGUGUCCUUUCUAAUCAGCUAAAAUACUUCUCCGUGUACUGAGGGCUUACACCAUAGAAUCUUUCUUCAUGGAAUCAUACUGAAGCACAGUCUUACUGACACUGUCACUGUCUGUUUUAAAAUGAUCUGCUCCUGCCAUGAAAACAUUUUCUGCCUUUUGAGAAAGCUGCCACCGUAAUUUAUAUGGCAAAAAUUAUAAAUUCCUGUUGGCGUACUUAAAUAUGCCUGUAACCUUAAUUUCACAGUUACAGAAGCUUACUUGCAUCAUGGAAAGAUUGUCAAAAUAACAAAAGAAGUGGAAGACGAGCCAGGUAAGCAUAAAAAUGAUAUCAAAAUACUUUUCUGUCACUUUUCUGGCUGUCUGUGGUCAUCAAAAAAUCGAUGUAAGCACUUUCUUCCACAGUAUGACUAGCAAGGAUGCACUUAUACUUGUAAGCCGAAGGCAUGAAAGAAACAUCGUCCGUUCCAAUGUACAUAAAUUAUUUAGAGGUAACGACACUGUCCUCAUUUUGAGGACAAGGAAAGACCGAGACAAUCAAAAGCUGUCUGCUAAGAAUUCGGCAACCUGAUUGCUCAAAAAUGUCGUAACGAAGUCCUAAUGCCUCUGUUUCCAUCUCUUGACGAUUUGUUUGGACAACCAGAGGCUACAUAAAAAGUCAUUCUUGAAGCAGACAAAUAAUUUUUGUGAUAACCAAAGAAGCAUAUGUUUAUGACCUGCUUGUUAUGGCUUUGCAUGCACUGCAAAGUUAUUGAUUUGGUAUCGUCCAAAAUCGAAAUUUUGAUACAUUUGAACAGUCUUGAUCCGCAGUGAGAAAUAAAUUCUUAGAUCGAUAUUCAAUCGUAAGAGGGAGAUAAAAUUGUAUGGUUUCUUACUAAGUGAAAGCUGUUCUCUUUUAAUUUUCAAUUAUCAACAGAGACAGUAGAGAAGCGUAAUGCUAAUCCAUGUGGUUACGGAUGUCCGGCUUUAUGUGCUCCUACAUGCAACCCAUCGUGUUGUGCACCUCCUCCACCGCCACCACCACCACCACCUCCACCACCACCGCCGUGCCCCGUACCUUGCCCCAUGCCAGGACCCCCUGGACAACCCGGAUGCAUGGGACCACCCGGACUUCCCGGAUGUCGAGGAUUUCCUGGUCUUCCCGGAUGCAUGGGACCAAUGGGACCGAUGGGACCUCCUGGUUCACCUGGAUGCCCCGGUCUGCCCGCACCGCCACCACCACAAUGUCCACCCAUCUGCAUCCAUUACUGCAUGAGAAUCUGUCCACAGCAGUGCUGCACAGCCCCACCUCCACCAAUUAUGCUUCCCCCACCACCCCCUCCUCCUAUGCCCAUGCCAUUCUGUGCACCUUCGUGUGCACCGGCAUGUUGUAGGGGCAAAGUAAAAAAAUCUUAAAAUUG